AUUAAGAGAUAAUUUGAUAAUUGCUGUGGUUACAAUGAUAAUGCAUGCUUCUAUGUAACACCAUUUUAAUCUGUAAAUAAAUGUUGUUAAUUGGAUAAGUCAUUUUUAAUGGGGAGAUAAUCUUUUAGUCAAAGAAAGUUUUCAAUCAGGUUGUUGGUUCUAUGAUAACUUAGGUCAAUUUGAAAAAUAAUUGUUCGUUGAUUAAUACCUCAAAGAAUUCAUGAAAUGCAAUUCAAAUUGAAGGAGAUGGAUUUCAGUGUUUUGUGUGAAAAUUUCUUAUCCUAGAUUUGUAAUAAAAACUUUCUUUGGUAUCAUUUAAAAGUUAGCACAACACAAGAAAAAUGUCAAGGAUUACAAAAAAAAUGUUAAAAAAAAGGCAGAUGAAUCAUCAGAAAUAGGCAAGACUAUGACAGAUAAAGAAUUAUGGGAUAGACUAGAUGAAUUAGAGAGAAUUGAAUCAGAGAAAAGAGAAAUGCACAAGGUUACAAGUGAUGAAAUACUACUACACAAAAGUUAUGAUAGUGAUGAUAGCAUUCUCAGUAUUGACACUGGAAGUGGAUCAGAUUCUGGAGAUGCUGACAUCAAUGACGCAGAGGCUCAGGAAUCAUCAUCAGAAAGUGCAGAAUCAGAUGACGAGGGAAGUGAACCUGGAUCUGUGACAAAAAUAAUCAAAUUUUCUCAUACCGCAACAAAAAAGACUGCUUCUCGAGUGGAUAGUACAGAUGAUGAUGAUGACACAGAGAUAAAUGAGACAGAUAUCAAAUCUCCAGCAGACAUAUACUCCCAGUUCUAUCCUACAUCAGGACCAAGAUCUAUACUAAAGGGUGAUAGGGAGAAACGUCAGACAAAGAAAAGUGUCAGAUUGAUUCCCAAUGAUAGUAAAGAUGAAGUGCCUGUCACUGCUCCUGUUGCAUUUUCAGAUUCUGUUGUUGAGCGGUCAACUCAAAUGAAAUCCUCCAGUGACACUAAUGUAGGAAUUGUACAAGACAAACCAGUAAGAAUGUCAAGGUUUAAAGCUAGACAACAAGGUUUAGAUCAAACAUGAAAAUCAGAGCAUCAUAUUUUAUAUCAUCACUAUCAUAUAUUAAAAUUGAAAUAACAUUUG